AUGGCCCAGCUCCAGGAAAACACCGAUGACAUCCUUUCUGCUUUCUACAUGUGCGCCAGAAGCGAUGGCAACUGCAGCCCCCUGAGCAAGGAGGAGCUGAGGCAGCUCAUCGAGCAGGAGUUCAGGGAUGCAAUGGAGAACGCCCAGGAUCCCAAAACCAUCAAGAAGGUGUUGUGCUUCCUGGAUGAUGACAGCAACUGCAGGGUUGACUUCAGUGAGUUGCUCAGCCUGGUUUUCUGUGUGGCCAAGGCUUGUUACAAGCCGCUCCAGCAGCACCAGGCGCAGGAAGAUGGUCAAAAGCCAACACCGCAAGAGAAAGCAGGCAAGGAGCAGCCACUGGGGUCACACACAGUGGGGAGGGUCUCCUGCAACCUGCAGAUCCCCAAGCAGGGUGUGAACAAUCAGGUUCAGGACACUAAGACACAGGACCUGGACCCCCAUCAAACCCAGGAGGGUGAGACACCAAAGCAGGAUCCAGAGAACCGUGAAACCCAGGAGGGUGAAACACCAAAGCAGGAUCCAGAGAACCAUCAAACCCAGGAGGGUGAAACACCAAAGCAGGAUCCAGAGAACCGUCAAACCCAGGAGGGUGAGACACCAAAGCAGGAUCCAGAGAACCAUCAAACCCAGGAGGGUGAGACACCAAAGCAGGAUCCAGAGAACCAUCAAACCCAGGAGGGUGAGACACCAAAGCAGGAUCCAGAGAACCAUCAAACCCAGGAGGGUGAGACACCAAAGCAGGAUCCAGAGAACCGUCAAACCCAGGAGGGUGAGACACCAAAGGAGGACCAGGACACCCAUCAAAACCAGGAGAGCGAGACACCAGAGGAAGACCAGGACACCUAUCAGGAUGACAGGACUAAAGCAGCAGAAGGGGAUUCAGAGAGAGGUGACAUUCUGGACACCGCAACCCCAGAGCAGGAUAGAAAUACCCAUAAGGCUGAAGAACCUGAGACACCAAAGCAGGACCCAAAAACCCACUGGGCCAAAGAAACAGAGGCGCGAGGAAAGGGUUCAAAGCACCAUCAGAGACCAGAGACAGAGUCAGCGGAGCAGGACCUGAGUUGUCCUUCUGAUACACGAGGAAGAGACCCAAAAAACAAGACCCAGGUCUGCAAUGCCCCUCAGCCGGACCCCAACCACAGCAAGACCCAGAAGCUGCUGCCUCCACAGCGGGGUGCAAGCCCCCGUCGGGAUCCCAAGCCCCAGGGAACGCACCAUGACCCGGCUGUCCAUCCGCUCCCUGAAUCCAAGGUGGCGGAGCAGGAGCACAACAGGGUAGAGCCUUCAUCUUGUCCAGCACAACAGCAACAAGAUGCUCAUCACCAAAGACAACCUGCUAUAGAGCAACAGCUCCUGCAGCCUCUGUAUCAGUGGCCACUACAGCAGUAA